CAUCGCACUCUGUCAAAAUUUGAUUACACGUUACAUCCGGAUUGUCUCGUCUUGCUGGCAGUCAUGGCUGCGUUUGGUGAAAUGGGCGUUAUGCCAGAAAUCGCGCAAGCAGUUGAGGAGUUGGAUUGGCUCCUCCCGACUGACAUCCAGGCGGAGUCUAUUCCAUUAAUUCUUGGAGGAGGAGACGUCCUUAUGGCGGCUGAAACGGGCAGUGGAAAAACUGGCGCCUUCAGCAUCCCUCUGAUCCAGAUUGUGUAUGAGACCAUGAAGGACCAGCAGGAAGGGAAGAAGGGCAGAGCUGCCGUCAAGACUGGGGGUGCAGUCUUCAGUAAAUGGCAGAUGAACCCUUAUGACAGAAGCACAGCUUUUGCUAUCGGCCCAGAUGGUAUGUGUUGCCAGAGCCGCGAGUUCAAGGAAUGGCACGGCUGUCGUUCAACCCAAGGCGUCACUAAAGGGAAGUACUACUACGAGGUGUCUUGUCAUGAUCAAGGGCUGUGCAGAGUUGGUUGGUCAACAAGUCAGGCUGCACUGGAUUUAGGUACUGAUAAAUAUGGCUUUGGCUUUGGAGGCACUGGGAAGAAAUCCAACAACAAGCAGUUUGACAGCUACGGAGAGGAGUUCACUAUGCACGAUACCAUUGGAUGUUACCUGGAUCUAGACAAAUCUCAGAUUUCCUUCUCUAAGAAUGGUAUUGACCUGGGUCUGGCCUUCACCAUCCCAGCACAGCUAAAAGACCAGGCAUUCUUUGCUUCCUGUGUUCUCAAGAAUGCUGAGUUGAAGUUCAACUUUGGAGGCGAGAGCUUCAAGAACAAGCCUGCUGAGGGCUUUGUAGCUCUGGAUCAAGCACCUGAUGGACAUGCAGUCAAAUCCAGCCAGACAGGGGCCGCAAAAGUAAGCCAGGUGAAGGUUAUGAAUAACGCCCCUAAGGCCAUCAUCAUUGAGCCGUCGAAAGAGUUGGCUGAGCAGACCCACCGCGUGGUCAACCAGUUCAAGAAGUACGUGGACAACCCCAAAGUGAGGGAUCUGCUGGUGAUGGGUGGAGUGGCAGCUAAAGAUCAGCUUGCUGUGCUGGAGCAAGGGGUGGAUAUUGUAGUGGGCACCCCAGGAAGGAUGGAAGAUCUCAUCUCUACAGGGAAGCUCAAUCUCUCCCAAGUCCGCUUCUUUGUGCUGGACGAGUGUGAUGGUCUUCUGUCAGCGGGCUACACAGACUUCAUCAUGAAGAUCUACAACCAGAUCCCCCAGGUCACCUCUGAUGGGAAGAGACUUCAGGUGAUUGUUUGCUCGGCGACGCUGCACUCGUUCGACGUGAAGAAGCUGUCGGAGAAGAUCAUGCACUUCCCUACCUGGGUGGACCUGAAAGGAGAGGACUCGGUCCCCGAGACCGUCCAUCACGUGGUGGUCCCCGUGAACCCCAAAAAUGACCGUCUGUGGGAGAAGCUGGGCAAGACCCACAUCAGGACUGACGAGGUUCAUGCCAAGGACAACACACGACCAGGAGCCAACAGCCCAGAGAUGUACUCGGAGGCCAUUAAGAUCCUAAAGGGGGAGUACACGGUGCGCGCCAUCAAGGAGCACAAGAUGGACCAGGCCAUCAUCUUCUGCAGGACCAAGAUCGACUGUGACAACAUGGAGCAGUACUUUGUCCAACAGGGGGGAGGACCAGAUAGAAAAGGCCACCAGUUUUCCUGUGUGUGUCUCCAUGGUGACCGAAAGCCAAAUGAACGCAAGAGCAACCUGGAGCGAUUCAAGAAACAGGAAGUGAAGUUCCUGAUUUGUACAGAUGUGGCAGCUAGAGGCAUCGACAUCCACGGUGUGCCCUAUGUGAUCAACGUCACUUUGCCCGAUGAGAAACAGAAUUACGUUCACCGCAUUGGCAGAGUGGGUCGAGCUGAGAGGAUGGGGUUGGCCAUUUCUCUGGUUGCCAUGGAGAAGGAGAAGGUGUGGUACCACGUGUGCGCAAACAGAGGAAGAGGAUGCUACAACACCAGGCUGAAGGAGGAUGGCGGUUGCACUAUCUGGUACAAUGAGAAGCAGCUGCUGUCUGAGGUGGAGGAGCAUCUGAACUGCAUCAUCACACAGUGUGAGCCUGACCUCAAAGUUCCCUUGGAUGAGUUUGAUGGCAAGGUGACCUACGGCCAGCGCAGAGCAACAGGAGGUGGUAGUUAUAAGGGACAUGUGGAUGUCUUGGCUCCGACUGUGCAGGAGUUGGCCAACCUGGAGAGAGAGGCUCAGACAUCCUUCUUACACCUGGGGUACCUGCCCAACCAGCUGUUCAAAGCCUUCUAAAGCGCGCGCGCACACACACACACACACACACACACACACACAAGCACAUAUACAGAGAGAGAGAGAGUCUCUGCCCACCCAGCUGUUCAAUGCCUUCUAACAUACACACACACACACACACACACACACACACACACACACACACACACAGGGUCACUGCCCAACUUGCUGUUCAAAGUCUCCUAUGACAGACACGGACACACACACACACACACACACACACACACACACACACACACACACACACACACACACACACAGGGUCACUGCCCAACUUGCUGUUCGAAGUCUCCUAUGACAGACACAGACACAGACACACACACACACACACACACACACACACACACACACACACACACACACACACACACACACAUAUCCCUUAGGUCCCUGCCCAGACAGCUGUUCAAAAACACAAAUACACACACACAUACACAUACACACACCUGGGACACCUGCCCAAACAGCAGCUGUUCAAAACUAACACACACUUUGGGGAUAUCUGCCUGAUCAGCUGUUCAGAGUGUUCUAAGCUUAUCUGCCUCGGAAUACGCAUACCAACUUGAACAACUGUUCAGAUCAUACACACACACACUCGCACACACACACACCCACACACACCAACAGACAUGAACAGCUGCAUGUGUAUCCACACGUCAGCUUUGGGUGUGUGUAUCCAGUAGCUCAAAGCUCCCGAUCUGAUGAUCUGACUAUGUUGGUCAUAUGCAGAUCUCAAGACGUUGCAGUCCUCCACUAAUAGAUGUGCUCUUAUCUCACAGCCAACACUAACAUUCUCAUGUGUCCAUCGCUAGUGAAAGUCAUGAAUCUUCAGAAUCUUCUGUUUCCUGAAAAAAAAAAUAACCCUGACUGAAGAGUAAAGGCAAGACUGCACAUGAUGGGGUAGACGGUUUUUUUUUUUCGUUUUCUUCUUCUCUUUGAGUUUGGUUUUUCUGUCCUUCAAAAGGAUGAAGAUAUUCUUGAGUUGUGCUUAAUGGCCUUUGUUCCAUGAAAUAAAGCUAUAGUGUGAAUGCAA